ACAAAACUUAUAAACGUUAAAACUUUUCCUGUGGAAUAAAUCAUUCCGGAUUUGAUAAAAGUCUUAGUAUUUUUUAUUUCACUAUCGUAAAAUAAAAAGCAUACACAUAGAAUUAGUUACAAAAUACCUAAGAAUUCUAUUUAUAUAAGAUUUACAAAGAAAAAGCUGUCAGGUUGUUUUUGUUUAAACUUUUUAAUCAUUUCCGGUGGUUCACAUCGUAUCCAUGCGACGUCAUUAUUUACGUUCCGGUUUGAACGAUGAGAAGAUAAUCGCGGAAGGUACUCGUUAAACAAUGCUGAUAUUCAAUACUAUUGUGUUUAGUAGCUUAAAGGUAUUGUUAGAUAUUUGAGAUGGCAUUGCGAAGUGCACAGGAGGUGAACAACAAUGGAUAGUUAAGCAUUAACGAUUCGUUAAAAUAAGAUAUUGGAUUAUUGUGAGAAACUUGAAAAAUGCCAGCAGCCAACAGAAAUAAUCCUUGGCGAAUUCAGCCCAAGCCAGUUCCUGUACCCUAUGACAAGACUGCAAAAAUAGCAGCAAGGAGCUUGGCAUCAUACAAAACACAGGUGCCCUCUCCUCACGAUGCAAGAGAAGAAAAGUAUAGACGUCGCCAAUCUCAGCUCACAUCUCAGGGUUACUUUGCCGCUCAAAAUGUGCCAUAUAAGGGACUGGGUGAUCCUUUUUACUUAGAUGAGCAGAGGAUGAUUCUCCAUGCUCUGGGACAAUGGGAUGCUCCAAAUUUGUCCACUCAUGGAGAAAGUAAAAAAUACGAUGAGGAGACGAGCAGUAGCAGUGAUGAGGAUGAGUACGAUAUUUCAGCUGAACUCCAGCAGCAGAAACGACAACAGGUGUCGGCAACAUCAUUUGUUCUCAGAAGGUCAAAAACAGACAUGAACACUUUACAAAGGGAGGUCAUCCAUGGAAGGAACAUGGUUCGCAACGUCAAACUUGGCCAUGGACUUUUUGAUCUAAUAAAAACUGAGCAAGCAGCUAAACAACAGUCAGAGAAUGAGAUGAACAAGAUGAAGGCUGAACAGAUGAAGAACCAAUGGCAGCCUCCCAAACUAGACUCCUCAUCUGAGGAAUCGGAGGAGGAGAUUGAGGAUGAUGUAGAAUUAUCCAGCUUCAUGAAACAUUCAGAUGUAAGAGAAACUACUGACGACGAGGAACAAAAGUCUGAGGAUGAGUCCCCCGACACCAGGGGGAGGGUCUCUUUUAUUCGCCAACAAGAGGAUGAGGAGUCAGAGUUAGGGGUCUCCCGGUCCUUGGCCACCACCCCGAGGUCCCCGGGGAGGAGGAAAAAGAUCAAGGCCCCCCGUCCCUACACCCCACAGCACACCAACAUUAUGGAGGCCAAAGAAAAUACUGCUAAAGAUGCAUUUUUCCGCCAACUUUGUGCUUUACACUGGAUCCUCGAAGCAAUGGCUCUACAUGCCAGAACAGGGGGAGAUAACUCUAUUACAAUGUCUCCCAUUACAUCGAGUUGGAAGCUAAAUGAAAUAGGAGGCACAAAAACUUACCCAAGAGACCAUGAGGGUAUGACCUGGAAGGAGUUGAUUCACCUUGAAAUAUCUCCCAAGGCCCCAGCAAUCAAGAGAAAGAGCACCAGAGUGGGUACAAUAAAGAGGCCCCCAGGGGGCCACAGAAAUAGUGUGUUCUCUAACUUCCUGGGAAUGGCCAAUGUCUCGGGAUCCACCAAUUUACGAGUGAGCAGCUCCCUAGAUAACAGUGUGGAUGAGAGUCUGGGAUCCACAUCUAAAGUGGAUGGAAAGGAGGAAGAGGACGAUGGGAAAUAUGUCAGUAUAUUCAAGUACCUUAAUGAGGACAUCUCCACUAAACUAUAUGAGGAUGAUGAAUCUCAAGAACCUGUUGGUCCAGUGAAAGUUAGGAGGGAGCGCAAAAAAGAAAAAAGGGGUCAGGAUGGAGAACAUUCACACAAGAAAUCCCCAAGAAAAUCAGCUGAUCCAGGGAGUGAGCGUGGGAGGUCUGCAGAAAGAGGGCGCUCUGCUAGUCAUCAGCGCGAGUCGUCUCGCUCAAACAGAGCCGAUUCUGCAGUUAUACGACCUAAAAGUUCCCCACAGCUGAUAGAGUUCCAGAACAACAGAGCUAGCACUAAAUACCAGAAUGUUGUUGGUGAGAUGCACAUGAAAUUUCAGGAGAGAAAAGAGGAUUCUGCUAUACAGUUACAUGAACAGUUAGAGCAGUUAGAAAAACAGAGGUUUGUAGUAUGUCAAAACAAAUUUCUGGCCAUUAAUUCUCAACUGAAAGGAAGCAGCUUUCACAGAGCUGUUCAGGAGAUGAGAGAGAGGAGCAAUCGAAUGUUUACUCGCCCCAACGAAGAACUUCUGAAGAAAAAACAAGAGGAAGGUUCAAAAGGAAACUGGUAUGCAGAGUUGUUGGCAAAUUCUCCAGAUGAGCUGAGAGAGGAAUGGUACUACAAAGUGAUCAUGAAGAAACUCGCCAAAUAUGGACUGAUUGAAGGAGCUGGUCAGCAACUCAGCAAGAGGACAUUUUUCAAAGUCUUGGAAAGGCUUCGCGAGUGGGAAAUCUGCAGCCCUGACAUCUGUGCUGCCAUUGAGUUCUGUCGUGAGAAGAUCGUCGAAAUGACAGUGGAGGAUUUUGAGGAGUGGUUCUCGCAACAGUUCCCGAAAAUUCAGCGACCCCAAACGGCCCCUGUGGGUAAAAAGAAGAGCAGGGGUGGAGACAACCUACAGGUGGCUCUCCAGGAGAGAUUCCCUAGUGCUUACUCAAGUCGUGCCAAGAGUGGAUUCCGCCCCCGCGGACAGAGAAGUAAGAGCGGCUACGCCUUUUCUGGGCGGCCAUUAUCUUCAUCGACCACAGUCACUGUGGCAAACCCAGUGAUAAAAGUGAGACCAAUGUCAAUGAGAUAAAUUGACCUAUAUAUAGCUUUAACAUCCAUUAAAUUGGUGAUUGAUACUGAAUUUUAAGUGUAGCCAUUUCGCUUUCUGUCAACCUCAACCUUUGAUAUUUCUUUGAAUCUGAACUCUAUAACCGGAAGUUAAAAUAGAAGUGGAAUAUAAACCAUCUUUUCUUAAAAAGGUUUAUUGAUGUUGUAUAAGAUGUAUAGACUGUGAUAGCUAAUUUUCAUGUUCAACUGUGAUUACGGCUUCUGUCUGUGAUGUUGCUCAAGUUUAUAAUUGUCUCCACAAAUAUUAUAUAUAUGGUUGUGAUAUAUUUAUCAGCAUUCACAGAAAGAGUUAUACAUAAGCUUUAUUAUAUUUAAGAUUUUGCUACAAUGUAUAUACCAUUAUUGAUAAAGUGGUGCUUGCAGUUGCUUUUAACUCCAAAGCUUUAAAAUUACCAAAUUGAUAAAAUAUCUGUUGAUAAACUGAUUUUUGACAUCAAAGAUGCGGUCACAUGACAAAUUCAUAUGUUACACCUAUAGCUAGCUGUCUCACCAUAGAAAAAAAUAUUGCAGCUUCGAAACAGGGUAAUAUGUACCAAAACCUUUAACCAUUGUAUAUAAUCCCUUGUAUGCCUUAAUUAGAAUUCAUCCUACUUGAAUUCUAACAAGAAUAUUUGAGUCCCCAUAGUGAUUUAAAAAAUUAAAUUUGAUUGAAAUGUUCAACUCAGGGCAGAGAAUUCUCCCAUUGUUACACAUCAACCAAUUUUUCUGACCACCAGUUAAUAAUUUAUAUAUAAUUAAUGUCAUGAACACAAUGUCAUGGUUUUUUCAUUGUAGUGCUAAUAUAAUUUAGUCUGCACUAUGUGCAGUGGUUUUCUCUUUCUUGUUUCUAGGGUGGACCCUUAAAGGAAUUUUUUUAAAUCAGAAACUAUUUUCUAUAACCAUAUUAUAUAACACAAAAUAUCUAUAUAUAGGACUGGUUCAAAAAGAUAUAUACACAGUCAAACUUCGUCAUCUCAAACUAGAUGGGACUGUUAAAAAACUUUGAGAAAUCCGAGUACUCGAAAUAUUGAGGGUAAAAUACCAGAACUUAAAAAAUAAUUGGUUGGGACUUACUAAUCACUUCGACAUAUCCGUUGUAUUCGUGAUAUCAAUGUUCAAGAUACUGAAGUUCAACUGUAUUAUAUAACUAUGAUUGUGUAGGAAUAUAUUGAUUAAAAGGAUCUAUAUAACACUUAUGAUCAUUAUAUAUAUACUUCGUCUGUUUACUGGAAACAUUCGCUCUUGUAUUAUGUUUGCCCCUUUCGCCCUCGUUGUCUUUGAGCAAAUUUUAGACUUGGCAAAUUCCAAUGUCUCAGAGUAUUUAAUUUUCUUUGAACACAACUGUGUCUGUGCGAAUUCAAAACCGGGCAAAUCUGUUUGCAAAGGGCAAAAAUUACAUGAGGUGAAAAUAACUUGUAUACAGUAGAUUUUCAGUGUGAACUUGAGUACAGUAGUAUGCCAUUAUAUCUGGCUUUGUUGUAAGUUUGGUUGUAAGAACAUUUUAUGACACACAUUAUAUAACAUUUUUGUAUGUAUGUUUUUGUGUUGCAGACGAUUUUAAAAGAUGAUCAGGUAAUUUAGUCAAGUUUUGUCCUGACACAUGUAUCUAGAUCACUAGUGUGGCUCGGUGUGUUCAGAGUGUGCCACGGAAAGCUUACUUUGGCAUUUGCAUAAUAUUUUUUCUCGUUCUUUUUUUUUUUAUUUGGUCACUAUGCAAAUUAUCGUAAAAUCUCACACACUUUAUUAUUACAUGUACAUACACGUUAAUUAAUAUUUUUCCUCGACACAACCAUAAAACCAUAAAAUGUAUAGCACCUUAAAAUUAUAUGUAACUACAUUUAAUGUGUGAAUGGAAUAAGAAUAUACAUUACCUAACUAUUUUUGUUUAAUUCUAUUGGUCAGUGUGUCAAUUUAACAUUUUACUUCCAUACAUGCACAUGUAUAAUACACAUGUACAGGGUGACAACAACUGUUUAUUUCAUUCAUUAUAUUUAAAUAAGAACAACCAUAAGUAAUUACUUUAGAUCUCUUAAUCAAUGAAAUCCCAAUGUCAAAAAUAAAUCCAAUGUCAUUUUGUGUUUGAAGAUUUUGAAGUAAUUUAAGGGAUUCGUGAAUAGAAUUAAGAAUACAAUAAGGUUAAAAGAAUACAUAUAAAUGAACAUGCAGGUUUAUCUUUAUCAAGACUCGGAUUAAAAUGCUUCAUGCAUUAUGCCAGCUAGCACCAAGUGACAUAUUAAAACACUGUUCUAAAUCUUAAAAGAAUUUUUGUGUCAGGAAUUUCUUCAUUCAGUGGCAUUAAUUUUGCUAGAUUUGUUUAUAUUUUUUUCAAUUUUCCUUUUACUUGUCUUUUCUUCUUUAGAUUUCAGUUAUGUUUAAUUUUUUUUCUUUGUAAUGUCUAGUUAUGGUACAUGAUUAAAUUAUAUUUUUCAUUGUUUAAAAUUUAAAAUUGUAACAUUUAUUUCUUAAUUUAAAGUACUAAUUCUCUUAAGUAAGUACUGUAUGGUCAUAGGGAAUUUUGGAUUUUGGGAAUUUCUUUUUUUGGUAAUUAUUUCAUGAUUAUGUAACUUCAUUGAAUCAGACAUGACUAUUUAUACCAAACAGUGACUGAUGACUCAGAAUGUCUUUUUUAAUUGCAAUAUAUUCAUCAAUCUUAUGGUAACUUUGAUUGUGCAUAAGUCAUUAAACUUAAUUGAAAAUUAUUUUAAGAUGUAAGAAUUAUAUAUACCAGUAUAUGUACAUUGAGAAGGGUUCAAAUUUUGAGGGCAAAAAAUUCUAAGAAAAAGAGAAUAGUUGGGACUUCAGACUUUCUUUGAUAUUUGCAUGGUACAUGAAUGUUUAUAGUUAAGAAAAAGUACUGGGGGUAUUGAUGUCAAAUUGAUGUCUACCAUACUUCUGAUCUGGAAGAUAUAUGUAGUGCAGCAUGGGAGGAUGCAGAAAUUUUUUUCCAGGAGGGUCCUAGGGAUAAUUAUGAGUUUUCCACGGGGUUGGGCAUAUUAUCAGUAAAUUUAAGAGAUUUGAAUUUUCCAAGGCCAAGGGGGGGGGGGGGGGGGUUCCAGAGCCCUCCCCCUUCUAGAUCCGCUCAUAGUUUAGUGUAGAGUGCUAGAUCAUCAAAAUUCUUACUGCUCUAAAUUUGACCUUGACCUGACCUUGACCUGACUUUUAACUUCAAGAUGUUUAGCUGUAGUACAAAUGUACUAUCUGACCAAUUAUAAAUACCAGUAGAAGUCACAAAUCCUUUUUAUUUUAUGAUCUGAAUUCAAGAAAAGCAUUAUAUUUUGAAAUCAUAAUAUAAAUUUAAAGCAUUCCAUUUCAUAUAUAACUUAAAAAUAGUCAGCUUUCCUCAUCUUAAAUUCUUUAAAUGUUAACCUUUUGAUUACAUGUGUUUAGAUGAAUAAGGUUGAAUAUUCAGAUCCAGAAUUAUAGUUUUUACUAUAAUACUUCUCUUUUUGCAUACAGCUCCAGGUUCGGAUGACUUAAAUAAAGUCUGAAUUUAAACAGAACAGUGCCACAUGAAGUGUCUACUCAAAUCUAAAUCGAAAGCCUUCCCUUGUACUCUUCUGCACAGCCAAUACUUUAUGUUUAGAAUAUAUAUUGAAAUUAAAAUUUUAUUAGUUUGUGGUAAUUCUCAUUCAUUACAAUAACACUUGAAAUUCUGUACAAUUAACGUAAUUUUCUCCUACCACACCCAUUCAGUUGAUGCCCCUUCUAUUUAGACAGAAAAACCAUGACAAUUUUUUUUAACUUACAUUUGGUGUAAAUGUAUAUGUACAUGUAUGUAUUGUAUGUGAUAUAUGUAAAACAUGUGUAUUAAUCUGUGAUUAUAGGCUAUUAAGGUGUACUAGUACACUGCUAUUACUCUUUGUUGUACAAGUAAUGAUUGUUCCAAACCAAAGGAUAUAGUGCAUAUGUAUUAUACAAUAGUUUAUAAAAAUGUUUUUAUCUAUAUUUGUUCAAGAUGGUUGCGUUAAUACCAUGUCCCUUUCAUGGGAUGUUUUAAGAUAUUGAGGAAUAAAGUUGUUAAAAGGUUAA